AUGCAGAACCAACGCGUACUGCCGAAACACGUCGCCAGGCAGAACCAACGCUCACUGCCGAAAAAGGUCGCCAGGCAGAACCAACGCGUACUGCCGAAACACGUCGCCAGGCAGAACCAACGCGUACUGCCGAAACACGUCGCCAGGCAGAACCAACGCGUAGUGCCGAAACACGUCGCCAGGCAGAACCAACGCGUAGUGCCGAAACACAUCGCCAGGAAGAGAGAACAUGAAGUGCCGAAACACGUCGCCAGGCAGAAACAACAUGUGGUGCUGAAACACGUCGCCAGGCAGAAACAACGCGUACUGCCGAAACACGUCGCCAGGAAGAACCAACGCGUAGUGCUGAAACACGUCGCCAGGCAGAAACAACGCGUAGUGCUGAAACACGUCGCCAGGCAGAAACAACGCGUAGUGCUGAAACACGUCGCCAGGCAGAAACAACACGUAGUGCUGAAACACGUCGCCAGGAAGAACCAACGCGUAGUGCUGAAACACGUCGCCAGGAAGAGAGAACAUGUAGUGCCGAAACACGUCGCCAGGAAGAACCAACGCGUAGUGCUGAAACACGUCGCCAGGCAGAAACAACACGUGGUGCUGAAACACGUCGCCAGGCAGAAACAACACGUAGUGCUGAAACACGUCGCCAGGAAGAACCAACGCGUAGUGCUGAAACACGUCGCCAGGAAGAGAGAACAUGUAGUGCCGAAACACGUCGCCAGGAAGAACCAACGCGUAGUGCUGAAACACAUCGCCAGGAAGAGAGAACAUGAAGUGCUGAAACACGUCACCAGGAAGAACCAACGCGUAGUGCUGAAACACAUCGCCAGGAAGAGAGAACAUGAAGUGCCGAAACACGUCGCCAUGCAGAACCAACGCGUACUGCCGAAAAACGUCGUCAGGCAGAACCAACGCGUAGUGCCGAAACACGUCGCCAUGCAGAACCACCGCGUAGUGCCGAAGAACCUCGCCAUGCAGAACCAACGCAUACUGCCGAAAAACCUCGCCAGGCAGAACCAACGCGUAGUGCUGAAACACGUCGCCAUGCAGAACCAACGCGUAGUGCCGAAGAACCUCGCCAGGCAGAACCAACGCUUACUGCCGAAAAACGUCGCCAGGCAGAACCAACGCGUCCUGCCGAAACACGUCGCCAGGCAGAACCAACGCGUAGUGCCGAAACACGUCGCCAGGCAGAACCAACGCGUAGUGCCGAAACACGUGGCCAGGCAGAAACAACGCGUAGUGCUGAAACACGUCGCCAGGCAGAAACAACACUUAGUGCUGAAACACAUCGCCAGGAAGAGAGAACAUGAAGUGCUGAAACACGUCACCAGGAAGAACCAACGCGUAGUGCUGAAACACAUCGCCAGGAAGAGAGAACAUGAAGUGCCGAAACACGUCGCCAUGCAGAACCAACGCGUACUGCCGAAAAACGUCGUCAGGCAGAACCAACGCGUAGUGCCGAAACACAUCGCAAUGCAGAACCAACGCGUAGUGCCGAAGAACCUCGCCAGGCAGAACCAACGCGUACUGCCGAAAAACGUCGCCAGGCAGAACCAACGCGUACUGCCGAAACACGUCGCCAUGCAGAACCAACGCGUAGUGCCGAAGAACCUCGCCAGGCAGAACCAACGCGUACUGCCGAAACACGUCGCCAGGCAGAACCAACGCGUACUGCCGAAACACGUCGCCAGGCAGAACCAACGCGUAGUGCCGAAACACGUCGCAGGCAGAACCAACGCGUAG